AUGGCAACAAAACAAGGGGACGAGGAUGAGCAGAGUACUGUUUUUUCAAGAUCACAAAAAUCUGUCAUUGUUGCUAUCACGGUGUUUACCACAGCAAUGUUGACAGCGUUGCCCAUUAAUAUUUACUACCCUGCAUUAAGUGCAAUGAAGGAGGAUUUGAAUACUACGACAGAGAAAAUCAACCUUACUGUUACCGUUUACAUCAUCAUGCAAGCCAUUGCCCCCGCCAUUUGGGGACCGAUUGCUGAUAGGUCAGGCCGCCGUCCCAUGUAUCUGUUGGCUAUUCUUAUAUACACAGCAAGCUGUACCGGUUUGGCUCUUGCUCCUACCUACUCGGUGUUACUUGUAAUGCGACUAUUGCAAUCGUUUGGUGGUAGUCCAACUGUGGCCAUAGGUUCUGGAAUCAUAGGUGACAUUAGCACGCCUUCAACACGAGGUACCUACUUUGGGAUACAAUCGGGUGUACGACAGGUGAUCACUACUGCUGCGCCAAUGCUUGGAGGUAUUAUCACAGAGGCAUUAUCAUGGCGAUGGAUAUGGUGGGUCAUGGUCAUUUCAGGUUGUGUCAUGUUCCUUCUUAUGUUUUUUCUCGUUCCUGAAACGCUACCAUCCCUUGUCGGUAAAGGAAACGGAUAUGUAACUCCAACCCCUACACAAUGGUGGCAACAACGCCGACAACACAAAAAACAACGGGCAAUGGAGCAAUCAGCAGAAGCAGGAUCAUCAUUGGCUUCAGCAGGAAGCUAUGGAGGUGUGGAUGUAUCUUCAUCAACAGCAGCAGUAGUAUCUAAUCCACCAGCAAAUCAACCACGUGUCAAUCGAUUUCAAUCUCUGCAAUUUCUCAUGGAACGUGAUGUGGCGUGCUCACUUUUAUUUAUCGGUAUCGGCUUUGGAUGUUUCCAAACAAUGCUUGUGGCAACAUCCAGUGUCCUCACCGAGAUCUACAAAUUGUCGGUGAUGAAUGUUGGUCUCUGCUUUAUGGCCGCAGGUGUAGGUUCCUUCAUUAGUGCACUGGCAACGGGCCGUUUGCUAGAUUAUGAAUACAAGCGACUCACUAUACAAAGAAAAAAAGCGCAUGACGAUCAAGAAGUGCCAAAACAUGGCCGUCUUCCGCCUACGUUUCCAAUCUUUACCGCCCGAUUGCGAGUAUCCAUGUAUGCAAAUAUCGUCAUGAGCUUAUCCUUCAUAGCUUAUGGGUGGUGUAUAUACACCGUGCAGCCGCUCCCGGUCUUGUUGGCGAUCAUUUUCAUUGUCUCAGUUGUCCAUACCAACAUCUUCAACGCCGUACAAACUUUGAUUGUUGAUUUGUUUCCUGCAGACAGCUCCUCUAUUACGGCAAGUAACAACCUCGUGCGAUGUGCCAUGGGAGCGGCUGGAACAGCCUUCAUUCAGCCUGGCAUACAAGCUAUUGGCGUACAAUGGAUGUUUCUCAUAAUCGGCGUCAUCAUCAUGGCUUCAAACAUCCUACCGAUUUUGCUAUUCAAAUACGGAGUUGAGUGGCGAUGUCAACGCAUAGAACGGGAAGCUCGUCAUCAUGCAGCUGCAGAGCAGGAUUGA